AUGGCGUCGGACGACACGGAGAAGAAGCUGGACAUGACGCUGGACCAGAUCGUGCAGGAGCGCAAGGUGGACGCCAGCGCCACUGCCACCGCCAACGCGGCGGGCAAGGCUAAGAGCACGAAACGCGCCGAGCGCAUCGCGCAGUCGAGUCCGUACCCGGCCAGGCACGCGCGUCACGGUACUCAGCAGCAGCAAGCUGGUCCUAUUCUGGAGCAGCGAGGUGAAGACGACGACGUGGACAUGGAGCAGGCGGCGGCCGUGGGCUGCCGCGUGUACGUGGGCAACUUGUCCUGGAGCAUCAAGUGGCAGGACCUCAAGGACCACAUGCAGGCCGCGGGACCCGUGGAGCUCGCCACGGUGCUCGAGUCGAACGGCCGCUCCAAGGGAUGCGGUAUCGUCACGUACGAGACGGAGGAGGCGGCGCAGAACGCCAUUGCCACGCUAAACGACACGGAGCUGGGCGGACGCAAGAUCUUCGUGCGCGAGGACCGCGAGGCGCAGCCGGUCUCGGCGGUCAAGCCCAAGCGCGGCUUCCGCGUGUACGUGGGCAACCUCUCGUGGAACGUCAAGUGGCAGGAGCUCAAGGACCACAUGAAGAAGGCGGGCACUGUGGUGCAUGCGGACGUGCUGGAGGAGCCCAAUGGCCGCUCGAAGGGCUGCGGUCUCGUGGAGUACGCCACCCAGGAGGAAGCCGCCAAGGCUAUCGCUGAGCUGAACAACACGGAGCUGGAAGGCCGCCUCAUCUUCGUGCGCGAGGACAGGGAACCGGAAGGAGGCAGCAUUUCCAAGUUCGCCAAGCGCGCUGCUGCCCCCCGUGGCAGCGGCGAAGGUCGCCAGCUCUACGUCGGCAACCUCCCGUGGGAAACGAACUGGCAGCAGCUGAAGGACCUCUUCCGAACUGUGGGUGACGUGGAGCGUGCCGACAUCGCGGAAUACCCUGACGGACGUUCGCGUGGCUUUGGUAUCAUUCGCUACACGAAUGCUGCGGACGCUUGGCAGGCGAUCGAGCGCUUGAACGGAUUGGAAAUAGAAGGCCGUCUGAUUGAGGUGCGCCUGGACAAGAGGGAGUAGGCUUCUAGAGUGCCGAAAGCUCGCGAGGAAUAGGAGUGGUGCGGAUAGUGCAAAUGGGCUUGUUGCGUCAAGAUGAAGUAACCUUCAAAUAAUACUCCAGUCGAACUACUGUGCGC